CAAAGCAUUUCAAAAUCAUUACCAUUGCAAAAAGCACCAACUACUGUAAUAUAUCUUCAUCAAGUUCUUCUAAUCAGCUUUGAUUAAAACCAUGGCAGCCAUGGCUUACAUUGGUUUGUCGAAAACCAUUUUUCCAUUUGUUAUUCUAUCUAUCUUGUUAUCAAGUAGUAAGACAAUAGUUUCCGGUGCACGCAAUCUUCUAGAUUCAAACAUACCGCAGCUUCCAAAAUUUGAUUUGCCACCUCUACCAAAGCCUGAGCUUCCGACGAUUCCUGAAUUAACUAAGCCAGAAAUUCCUAAGGUACCUGAAUUACCAAAACCAGAGUUACCUAAAGUGCCUGAAUUUCCAAAUCCUGAGCUACCUAAGUUUAAUAUUCCAGAAUUUCCAAAACUUGAGCUUCCUAAAGUCCCUGAAUUGCUCAAACCUGAUCUACCUAAAGUCUCUGAGUUGUCUAAGGAAGAAAUUCCGAAAGUACCUGAAUUGCCAAAGCCAGAAUUACCAAAGUUUAAUGUCCCUGAAUUGCCAAAACUUGAGGUACCCAAAGUCCCUGAAUUGCAAAAUCCUGAGCUACCUAAUGUCCCUGAGUUGCCUAAGCCAGAAAUACCUAAGGUACCUGAAUUGCCAAAGCCUGAGAUACAUAAAUUUAAUGUCCCUGAAUUGCCAAAACCUGAGGUACCUAAAGUCCCUGAAUUGCAAAAACCUGAGCUACCUAAUGUCCCUGAGUUGCCUAAGCCAGAAAUACCUAAGGUACCUGAAUUGCCAAAGCCUGAGCUACCUAAAUUUAAUGUCCCUGAAUUGCCAAAACCUGAGGUACCUAAAGUCCCUGAAUUGCCAAAACCCGAGCCACCUAAAAUCCCUAAGUUGCCUAAGCCAGAACUACCGAAAGUACCUGAAUUGACUAAGCCAGAACAGCCCAAGGUACCUAAAUUUCCAAAACCUGAACUACCUAAAUUUAAUGUCCCAGACUUACCGAAAUCGGAGUUACCUCAAUUUCCUGCAAUUCCUAAAGUUGCUCCAACCACCACUCCAUAAGUUGGAACUCUAACCUUUCAUUGCAUUGUUUCAAAUCAUUUAUAAUUUUCUCCUAUAUAGUUCCUAGAUCAUGUUGUAUGAUGGAUGUAAUAUGAUUUAUACAAAUUUUCAAUACUGUAUUUUAUGAUUGAACCUUAUUAAGAUUACAUAUUACUUUUAGUUUGAGCCACUUUAAAUUGAUUGUACUACUGCUUAUUGUUGGUGAUCACUGAUCAUAUUUCCUUCAUGUAUGUAUUGUUGUAUUUAAUGAUAUCAAUCUUAAACUUGUAUUUUCAAAUUCUAAUGUCUGAGUUGAUAUUUCAUUUUGUUU